GUGACCUUCCGUGACGAGCCGGGCGAGGGCUCGGGUGUAGCUCGUUCCUUCAUUACCGCCUUCUCUGAGGUGGUUCUCUCCGAGCGUGUGUUGCCAGACCUCUCCUCCAUCCUACAGCCGCCCUCGACUGCCGAAACCUCCGCGGGUCUUCGAGGCGCUACCUCCUCCUCGACCAGUGCUGCUGGCGCCGAUAACCACAGUUCCGCCCCAUUCUCAGUGAUUUCGACAGCCACAAUCACACUUUCCACAUCAGGCACCGAGCGGAGCAGCCUUACUAACCGGCCCGACUUCUCCUUCACCUCACUUACCCCUCGGCCCUUGUCCGUCCAUCGUGCCGAAUCAAGCCACUCAGAACCGAUGGAGGUCAGCUACCCGGCGUCUUCUUCCCAGCCAAAGACGACAGUCGCGACGACCUCCAACAGAGACAAAGCUGCGACGACCUCGCAAUCAGCCAGUCUAAAUCAGUCGGAGGAUGAAGAGGCAGCAAUCGUCGCAUCCAGGCCGGAGAGAGCUCCUCUCUUCUGGCAACCUGGUCUAGGCGGUUUCUACUCUCCUCGGGCAGUCAGCCAGUCUCCCUCCACUGACUCUGCGUCCCUUCAAUGCCGGUAUACAAUCUACAGGUGUGUUCUCCGCCCCUCCCCCCAUUUUCCCCAUUUUGGUUGUCAUGCGAUCCUCCUGUGCAUUGGACGCGUAAUUGGCCUGUGUCUCCUCACCAACGAGACCUGCCCCCUGCGGUUCAACCGCCACGUCCUGAAGUACAUUCUUGGUCGGCCGCUUUGCUGGCAUGACUUCGCCUUCUUCGACUCCACCGUCUAUGAGGGUCUACGUCAACUCCUCCUCUACACUACGUCUGCACGCCCCGAGGGUACGUCAGACUCCAUUCUCGACUACAAUCUGACCUUUGCGCUACUGGCCGCGCCGGAGGAGGGUGGUAGUGUCAGAAGUCUAUCUGCUCAGCACCCUCUCGUGCCCGGUGGUGAUAAGAUCGACGUGAACUCAAGCAACAUCUACGAAUUCGUUAAACGCUACGCGGAGUUCAAGAUGCGUGAGGUCAUCCACGAACCUCUGGAGCACAUUCGUUUGGGUGUCUUCGACGUCCUUCCGCACAAUGCUCUGGAUGGCCUCACCUCCGAAGAUCUCCGCCUCCUGUUGAACGGGGUAUCUGACAUCAACGUGGACACCCUUGUGGGCUACACAACCUUCCUAGACGAGAGCGGAGCCUCCGCCUUCAUUGCCCUUUCCGAGGGCACUGCGGGCGGGAGUGGUGUGACGGAGAAUAAUGCAGCCGAUCGUGCUGCCAGAUUAAAGCGUUGGUUCUGGAACGUCGUUAGAAGCAUGGACGCCCGGCAACGCCAGGACCUGGUGAGUGUUUGGUGUAUUUUUUGGUUUUGCUCACCCUCAACGACUGGAUGA